GAGGAUAUAGGGUGAAAUGGGUCAUCACGUUCAAGCGAGGGGGGCUUAAAUGUUAAGCAAGACAAAGUGGCGGGUUGGUCGGGUGGGUGCACGACAACUAAUGAGUCCAAUGUAAACUAGGGUUUCCUCUUCACCUCGUCGUCCGUCCUCCAGUUUACUAAUCCCACAAAAGGAAACCCUAUAUUCCCCAUCCUCUACGUCUCCACUUUCCUCUUCCAACCAUGUUCUGAUAAAGCCAUCUCUUCCAUAAGAGAAGAGAAAGGGCAGCCCAAAACCUAAACCCACCCUUCUCCUUGAUCGCUCAGUCUCCCUCCUCCUUUUAACUACCCGCUUCCGAGGAAGCGCUCGUCGAGUUGCUGUUUGGUCGUUGGCCAUUAUUGUCGUGGUUGUGUUUGAUGGCGAACGCGUGCGAGGACGGAGCGCUUUGGCCGCCUUCGGAGUUCCUCCGCGGCGACUGCGUCCUCCAGGGAGGAGCCAACGCGGGCUUCGCAGGGUCUCGCUUUCCCUGUGAGUCCCGCCUAGGUUGCGAUCCCGUUACAGAGAGCGACUACAUGGCCAGGCUCUCCCAACAGAUGGCUCGCUGCUUUCUCCAGCACGACGAUGAGUCCGCGCUCUGCCUGCGGUCCGCGUCGACCAAGAGGAGCCCCGAUAGCCCCUCGCUGGUCUCGUCGUCUCCGCUGGAGCAGCGGCACAAGGACGAGCCCUGCGACCUGCUCCGCGAUCUCGGUCGCUGCCAGAGCCUUUACGACCACGGGAUGCUUGGCCAGCCGAAGAGCACCACCGGAGGAUACUACGCCUCAGGCCCGGUUCUCACCCGUCAUCGACUACAAGCAGCUUAUUUCUAUCACCUGAAGCGGCAGCAAAUGAUGAAACAGCAGCUCUGCGCGGCCUGGGAAAGGCAGAGCAAACCCGGACGGCCACUGGACCUAUCUUCCUCCGCGUGGCCGCCUCCGCUGCCGGCCUCUGGGAUGCAUGCCGUCUUCCUCAACAACUCCAGGGCCCGGAAGGAGUCCGCCGGUACCGGCGUCUUCCUGCCCCGGACUGCCGACAACAAGCUCGAGCGAAGGAAAAGGGCCGGCUGUUCGACCGUUCUGGUUCCUGAUCGAGUGGUGCAAGCAUUGAACCUGAGGCUGGAUGAGUUCGCAGCGCUGCAACGCUUCUCCGGUGGGUUCGUUCUGAGUCGUGAGGCUCUCAUCGGUCGAAGUGGGGCGGUGCAGGCACAGUCACAUCAGAGAAAGAAACAUCACCUCACCGCCCAGCGGACUCCCACAGCAAGAGCACAUGAGAUGGGGCUCCCCCAGCAGUGGACAUACUGACAUCACCUUCCUCGUAUGUCGAUGAUGUGAAGGAGCUGUUGGAAAAUACUUGUCUUAAUGUAAUCAGCAUUAACUCCCUCGUUCUCUUUAGCGUGUCGUUUGUAGCCCAUCACGCGAGAGGGCACGUCGCGAUGUGAGCUUUGCCUCAGCGCUGCUGAUGCUGGGCGUGUGAUGGGUUGCCAUGAAUGCGCUGUGUACGCACGGAGGAGGCGGGCGCAUCGCACGGCAUUGGUUCGGUGCGUGCCAGCGCAAAUGUCGAGGCUAUAAUGGCCUCUGCCCACCCAUGUUGUCCGAGCCACUCGGUGCGGGAGUGUUGGACCAACAGCCACGGUCUUUUAGCAUUACGAUCGUGAUUAUGAUAUCACGUCGACUCCAUCGCUGCCUUCACAAGUGUAUUCGGACUGCAAUGCUUUGUUGAUCGUAUAAGUAGAUACUUAUUGGGUCAGAUUGUAUACGGAUGAACUCAUCAAAAAAAUUAAAAUAACAUUCUGAAG